AUGUAUCAAAAUGUGUGUGUCGAUGUACGAAUACGAGGGAAAGAAGCAUUGGUUUGGUAUUGUUCCUGGGAAAACACAUAAAAACGAUGGCGCGGCGACAUGGAGUGAGAAAAAAGGAAAUUAAAAAGAAAUCGCGAGAUAUUACGUUAGGAAUAAAUAUAAACUGCAACUUCCAGAAUUCGUAAUAACACAAUUUCUGAACGAAUAGGGAAAGCGGAUGAAAAUUUUGUUUAUUGAAAACUGCUCUCGCGAAUGCGAUUUAGAAUAAAAGUGCAACAAAUAACUAGCGAUUCUUUAGCCUCCGGUAUUUGUACAGCAGCUUCCCUCACGUAAAUUGACAAGAGAUUUAUCAUUGGGGCGUUAUUUUUAACACCUCUUUGAUUCUUUUUUUUUCUUCUAACUUUUCGGAAAUUGGUGACGCGAAACGGACGUGCUCCUAACUAGAGAGCCCAAAAAGUUAAAAAACUUUUUAACUUUAAAAAAAUUUUUUUAGUGUCUCCAUUAUCUCUACCUUUUGCGUCAUCAGUUUUAAAAUAAAAAUUAUUUUCUGCAAAAAAAAUAAAUAAAACGUGAACCCCAUUUCUAUGCCGAAAAAAUUCACACGUAAAAAAACCACGUGGCAACAUUUCAUUUCUUGUUUUUUUAGAUCUGGUGUCAACCAUCGUUCUUGCUUCCCUCACGACUCCGUCUUGCUCCUGGAUUCAAGAUGAGUUUUUGACUUCCAUUAAACUUCUAACUUUCAAAAUUAGUUUCUGAUUCGUAAGCGCUAGUAGAUUAGGCCCGCGGGACUCCCGGAGUGCCGAUCCUCUUUGCUUGCAAAUUGGAUACGCAAAGUCACGCCAAAGCCCAUUCCUGUGGCCGAGGCAUAAACUGUUGGCAGCGCGAUGCUGACAAAGCGAUGAUGGGACCCCCGCGGAAAAUGCCGUCACGGCCUUCGGCGUCUAGGUUUCUUAGUUUUGACAAGGCCGAGCGGAGCUCUAGCCCACCGCCUAGUUAGUUCUUCUGACUGCAAAAAACUUCCCUAACUUACUUAAGACUUUACAUAGCUAAUCAGUCAAAAUAUUGCGAUUCUAAUAAUGCAAUCGGCUUGCUUUUUUCAAUUUUGAUUUCAUUGCAGGAAACUUUCAACGAACGAGAUCAGUCCAUGGAAGAUCGGCAACAACUUCAAAUCAAGCAGUUUGAUAUCUAAACAAUUAUUUUUUGAUUGCUUUUCCUUCAGAAACUUUUGGAGAACACGAUUGAAAAGUGGAUAUCGACUACUACUGAAACAAAUUAUGUGAGGUUUUAAAAUUUUUAGUUUCAAAAAAACUUUGAUGUGCAAAAAGGAAGGCUUGACUUAACACUUGAUUAAAACCAGAAAAACCUUGAUCCGAUAUCAUAGGCAAAGUCGGAAAGAGUGAGAAAGGCCUUUUUUUGCUCUCGUUUUGCGCCAUUUCACCGGCUCUUAUGCACCAUUUUUCAUAGUUCAUUAAGAAUAACUGCCGAGAUAAACACGAGGUCGGUGGCGGUACAUUGACGAAAUCGCAAACAUGUCGCUUUUUUCUAGGCGCGAUCUCGCUUUUUUCUUGCAUCUCGGAAAUUUUGGAAUUGCGAGAGAAAUGCGAGUUCGCGCCCAGAAAAAUGCGAGACCGGCGCGAGAAAAAAAAGCGAGAUGUUUGCGAGCUCGUCAAUGUACCGCCAGCGUCUCGCGUUUAUCUCGGCAGUUAUUUUUGAUGGUUAGUAAAAAUUUCAUCGCGAAGUAAUCGAUUUUGAUCCAAGGUCGCAGAUCUGGCUGCGGAAAAACUAAUUUAACUUUACGAGCAGCUCUUUUUGAUUCAACUUUUGUACUUAUAUUAUCCUUUUUAGCAUUCGUAAGUAUUUUAUCUUUGAAAAUUCAGGUAACUGUGAUGACAAUGAAUGCGCCUACCCUAAGCUAA